AUGGAAGAAGAGGAGAAAAUCCUCAAAUUCUGGAAGGAAAUUGACGCUUUUAACACACAAAUAAACUUAUCCAAGGGUAGACCACCCUUUUCGUUCUACGAUGGUCCUCCGUUUGCAACUGGGCUUCCACAUUAUGGACAUUUGUUGGCCGGUACUAUCAAGGAUAUUGUGACUCGUUAUGCAACUCAGAAUGGUUAUUACGUUGAACGUCGGUUCGGUUGGGAUUGUCAUGGUUUACCUGUUGAAUAUGAAAUUGAUAAAAAAUUAAAUAUCAAGUGUAAGGAUGAUGUUUUAGCAUUAGGAAUUGACAAAUACAAUCAAGAAUGCAAAAGCAUUGUCAUGCGAUAUUCAGGAGCUUGGCGAGAGACUGUAGAACGUAUUGGCCGUUGGAUUGAUUUUGAUAAUGAUUAUAAAACUUUAAACACCUCUUUUAUGGAAAGCGUUUGGUGGGUGUUCAAAGAAUUAUAUGAAAAAGGUCAAGUCUACCGUGGUGUAAGAAUAAUGCCAUAUUCUACUGCGUGUACGACUCCAAUUUCGAAUUUUGAGGCUGCUCAAAAUUAUAAAGAUGUUAAUGACCCAGCUACAUGGACGACAACACCAUGGACGUUACCUAGUAAUUUAGCUCUCUGUACCCAUCCUGAUUUUGAAUAUAUUAAGAUUAAGGACGAAAAUUCUGGGAAGAUCUAUAUCCUUCUGGAGAAAUGUUUAAAUACUUUAUAUAAAGAUCUCAAGAAGGCAAAAUAUGUCGUAUUGCAAAAAAUCCUAGGAAAAGAUAUGAAAGGAUGGGAAUACAUCCCUUUAUUUGAAUAUUUCGUUCCUCAGUUUAAAGGCAAAGGAUUCAUCGUAUUAAAUGAUACAUAUGUCACUGAUGACAGUGGUACCGGAAUUGUUCACCAAGCACCAGCUUUUGGUGAAGACGAUUAUCGUAUAUGCCUCAAAAACAAUAUUAUUACGGAAGAUGGUUUUCUUCCUUGUCCUGUCGACGAACAAGGUUUAUUCACUUCGGAAGUGACGGACUUCGCUAAAAUGCAUGUCAAGGAUGCCGAUAAGAAUAUCCAAAAACUUUUAAAACAAAAUAAUCGAUUAAUAGUACAAUCUCAAGUUAAUCAUAGUUAUCCUUUUUGUUGGCGCUCAGAUACUCCAUUAAUAUAUAAGGCUGUUCCAUCGUGGUUUGUUCGCGUUAAACCCAUCAUCCCUCAAUUAUUAAAAAACAAUCAAGAAACUUAUUGGGUUCCUGAGUUUGUCAAAGAAAAAAGGUUUGCAAACUGGAUUAUAAAUGCCCGAGAUUGGAAUAUCUCUCGUAAUCGAUAUUGGGGCACGCCAAUUCCUCUAUGGGUUAGUGAUGAUUAUGAAGAGAUUGUUUGUGUUGGUUCUUUGGCAGAACUAGAGGAAUUGUCCGGUUGUGAUAAAUUAACAGAUAUUCAUCGUGACAAAAUUGAUCAUAUUACGAUUCCUUCAAAAAAAGGAAAGGGCUCACUAAAAAGGGUGGAAGAGAUCUUUGACUGUUGGUUUGAAUCUGGAAGUAUGCCGUAUGCACAAUGUCAUUACCCUUUUGAAAAUAAAGAAAAAUUUGAAGGCUCUUUUCCUGCUGAUUUUAUUGCCGAAGGGCUCGACCAGACAAGAGGAUGGUUCUAUACUCUCAUGGUCUUAUCUACACAUCUAUUUGAUAAACCAACAUUCAAAAAUCUAAUAACAAAUGGUCUGGUAUUGGCGGCAGAUGGUAAGAAAAUGAGCAAACGCCUGAAGAACUAUCCUGAGCCCCAAACUAUCAUUAACGCGUAUGGUGCUGAUGCUUUGAGAUUAUACCUUGUUAAUUCUCCAGUCGUACGUGCUGAGCCAUUGAGAUUCAAAGAAGAAAGUGUCAAGGAGGUUAUUUCCAAGGUUUUUCUACCUUGGUACAAUGCUUAUCGUUUCCUUGACUCGCAAGUUGUAUUGUUAAAAAAGGAUACUGAAAUAGAAUUUAAAUACAAUCCAUUGGCAAAGAAAUCUGAAAAUGUUAUGGAUAGGUGGAUAUUGGCAUGUUCUCAAAGUCUUAUAAAGUUUGUACGUGAGGAAAUGGGAGCCUAUAGAUUGUACACUGUUGUCCCGAGAUUACUAAAUCUCAUUGAACAAUUAACUAACGGUUAUGUCAGAUUUAACCGCAAGCGACUGAAAGGCGAAAAUGGUCCAGAAGAUACCAUCAAUGCAUUAAAUACGUUAUUUGAAGUCUUGUUAACAUUAUGCCGUGUUAUGGCUUCCUUCACCCCUUUCCUCACGGAGCAUAUUUACCAAAACUUAAAAAAAUAUCUACCACCAUCUUAUUCCAAUGAAGAUGAUCGUUCUAUUCACUUUUUACCUUUGCCAGAAGUGAGGAAUGAAUAUUUUGACUCUGAAAUUGAACGUCGUAUGUCACGCAUGCAGGCAGUUAUUGAUUUGGGUCGAGUUAUUCGUGAAAAAAAAAAUAUUGGAUUAAAGACACCUUUGAAAGAGCUUAUCGUAAUACAUUCGGAUUCACAAUAUCUUUCAGAUGUUAUGUCACUUGAGAAUUAUAUCGUUGAAGAAUUAAAUAUCAAAAAUCUUCUUGCUACAUCGGAUGAAAGUAAAUAUGGCAUAAAAUACCGAGCGGAGGCUGAUUGGAAAGUGUUAGGUCAAAAGCUUAAAAAAGAUGCCGUUAAAGUAAAGAAUGCUUUACCCACAUUGACUUCUGAACAAGUCAAAGAUUUUGUGCACAAUAAAGAGAUUUUGAUUGAUGGAAUUAAAGUGAUCGAAGAAGACCUUCAAGUAGUAAGAUAUUUCGAAGAUGCUGAUAGCCAUUAUGAAACGAAUACUGAUAAGGACGUUCUUAUACUUUUGGAUGUCAAAAUAUACAAUGAUUUACAAGAGGAAGGUUGGGCUCGUGAGGUUGUGAAUCGUGUUCAGAGAUUACGAAAAAAGGCGGGAUUACAGCCUACAGACCCGGUAUUAACAUAUUAUAAAUUUACUAAAGAUGUCAAUAAUCAAGUAGAAACCAUCAUUAAGACGCAAAGUGACAUUAUUGUCAAGAUUUUAAAACGACCGUUAUUACCAAUGGCGGACAAAAUUGAUGGAGCUGAAGUUAUCAUUGAGGAAGUUCAAGAGGUCAAUGAAUCCACGUUUCUGUUAUGUUUAGUUAAAGAUUGGUGA